AUGUAUGGCACAGCAAAGAUUGUCGGAGAGUGCUUCAAGGAAACCAUCUGCGAGAUAACACGUCUGAUUGACAAAAAUGGGGAGCAUCUUCUCCUGUGUGGGCCAGACCAAGAAAUACUUCAAGCAAUCGUUGGGGUGGUGAAGAGCCAUGCAGAAAAGAUAAGCAGAACAGUGGUUAAAGUCCUCCCAACCACUCCAAAAGACGAAAGUCCCGACGGAAAGGUUUUUUUUAUUGAUAUAGAGGGAGAAAUGCCCAUUUCCCGUCAGCUGCACGUAUACCAUUAUCUUGAAAAGACCAGGACCCAUCCCUGCUGCCUGCUUCUUGUAUCGAACUCGUGCACUUCUCUGGACAGACUGGAAAGGCGUAUCAAGUCAAGAUUCAAUCACCGGAUAUUUUUCACAGGUUUUCUUCCUUUUGAGCUAUACAGAACUCUGCAUAUGCAACUUGCCGCCACAGACAAUGAAGAAGAAAUCCAGAGACAAUACAAUAUCGAUCCAAGCAUUUCAGUUCUGUUGAAGAAAAUAGUCUUGAAAAAGUACUCCAUUCCAGAAUACUCCAUAGAAACUCUAUACUCCUUACUGAACCCUGUCCAUGUGGCCCUUACAAUGAUGGCAUUCAAAAGAAGAAUAAAGUAUAUCAGCUGUGUGCCAGAGUUUCGGGCCUUUACAUCAGAUGCCAACGAGCUCAGGGGAGUAACUAACAUGGAAAUCCUAUUUUACUUCCUUGACAUUCUUGACUUCGGUCUCAUAGACAGGGAGGGUGUUCUACUUGUGGAUAUGUCCAGCUUCAAAAAGCACGUGUCUGGUUGUAGGCCAUUGUAUCUGAGGAACUUGAUGUAUAAAAACCUGUAA